CAAGGUUCCUGCCGUUAACAUAGCAUUCAGGUAUUAUCUUUCCAGUGAUGAAUUGUAUGUAGUUCGUUUAUUUGUUUUAUAAUUUCCUGAAGUCUGUACGUUGUUAAAAAUGACGAUACCCAAAAUAUUACAAGGGAAACCAAAGCGCCACAUUGAUCGAGUUCCAUCAGACGAUUAUGAUGAAUGGGAUUCAAGAUACAUGCUUCGAACUGACCAAGAUGAUUUUGGUGAACGUUAUAAUGACAUGUGGGGGCAAAAAGGAUGGUUCAAGCCUUCAUGUGUUCCUAUCACCAUCAUCCUACUCCUUAUUGUCCUUGUCGUUAUUUUACCAUUACUCGAUGCUGCUGAAAAGCAUCAUAGAUCAACUGUUCAAGAUCUUUUUAGAAACAGGUGUCUUCAAAAUUGCAGUCUCUCAAUAGUAGAAACUAUACCUGAUGGAAUGUCUUACAGAAAUGGUAGCACUCCAUUUAAGUCCACAUAUGAUGUGUGGAAAGAGAUGAUAGAUGGUGCUAAUGAGUCCAUUGAAAUAGCAUCCUUUUAUUGGACUCUCAGAGAUUCAGAUGUGAAUAAAUUUCCUGGAUCUGAAAAAGGAGAAGAUAUCUUUAAAUCUUUAAUGGAAGCUGGGACAACUAGAGGUUUGAAAAUCCGUAUUGUCCAAAGUGAACCUACAAAAUCAAUGCCCGACUUAGACACUGAAAUAUUCACUCGAAAAGGAGUGGCAGAAGUUCGUAAUUUGAAUAUGGCCCGCCUCCUGGGAAGUGGUAUUUUACAUACCAAAUUAUGGUUAGUUGAUAGAAAAGUAGUUUAUGUCGGAAGUGCUAAUAUGGAUUGGAGGUCACUAUCACAUGUUAAAGAAUUAGGCCUUUAUAUGACCAAUUGUUCCUGUCUUGUUGAAGACAUGGCCAAAAUAUUUGAGGUAUAUUGGUUAUUAGCCACGCCAGAUUCAACCAUCCCUGAUACAUGGCCAGAAGAUUUAUCGACUGAGAUCAAUAAACUUGAUCCAGUUCAAAUUUAUAUUAAUGGCACAAAAUCGUCUACCUACAUAUCUAGUUCACCUGCUCCUCUAUGCCCAGAGGGAAGGACUUCCGACAUAGAUAGUAUUUUAAGUACCAUUGAGGCUGCAGAUAAAUUCAUAUAUAUCGCUGUGAUGGAUUACAUGCCACUAAUGAUGUUCACUCCUAAACCAAAGUAUUGGCCUGUUAUUGAUAAUGCAUUGAAAGCUGCUGCUAUUGACAGGAGAGUAGAAGUCAGACUGUUGGUUAGCUGGACUAAUCAUUCUCGUAAGGAGGAAAAGUUAUUUUUAAACUCUCUUCAGGUUAUUUCAGAUUCAUACAAAGGAGUGAAAAUCACUGUUAAGUUGUUUGUUGUUCCAAGCACUGCUGCACAAGCCAAAAUCCCUUAUGCUAGAUUGAAUCACAAUAAGUAUAUGGUGACUGACAACACAGCUUAUAUUGGGACAUCGAACUGGUCUGGUGAUUACUUCAAUUCGACUGGUGGAAUAGGCUUUGUUGUCAUCGGUGAAAAUAGCCUACGAGAUGAGCUGGAAAGUGUCUUCCUCAGGGAUUGGUACUCAGAGUUUUCCUACCCACUUCCAAAGUGGUUGCACUGACAACAUUUUUAAAGAUCUCCUCAGUUGAGAUCUGUCGAUUACAACUUAAAUUCUAAGAAAUAGUUUUAUAUUUUUACUUUUUUUACUCGUAUUGAAACAACAUUGAUGUCUUCAAGAUAAUGUUUUUGAAACUGCCCUUUAUGUGCUUUUAUUAUCACCCUUUAUACAAUAGUUGGCUUCUGAUGAUAGGUGAUGAAUAUUGUUAAUGAUGAGUUUGUAAAUAUUGUUUAAAUAAACAAAUUACUUCUCUACAAAGAGAAAAUUAAAGUAUAAUAAUUUACUUUACCACUAAAAGGCAUUUUAAGCAAUAUUUAUCUCUUGUUUUACAAAUAGUACACCCAAUUUUGCUUAAACUUGUUUAAGGCUGAUACAUUAAAGUAAUGAAAGGAGAAUUAGCUAUCAAUAAAUAAAUAUAAUCAAACAUAAUUAAAAAUAAACAAAAUAUUUAUCUAAAAAUAUAUGCAAUUGGAAAACUGUCAAUUUCAUGGAUGUUUUAUAUAUAUGCUAAUAUUUGUAUAUAUUAUAUAAUAUAGAUACAUGCUAAUACAAAUAUUGCCUGCAUUCGACUAAAACUGACCAAAUAAAUUUUUUCUACCUCAAGAUGUUGGGUUUAUUUGGUUACAUAAUGUUUUAG